AUGGAUAUAGUGCAGCCCAACGACCUGGAACAGUCCUUUUGCGUGGCCAGGAGGAGACAUGCGGAGCUGUGCAGGCAGAACCAGAUCUUCAACGCCAGGAACAGGAUCCUGGGGGGAGAUACAAAAACCUGGGAUAUUCAGGUGUGUGACCGGAAGAUAAAAGAAGCAACUGAGAAAGCCAGGCAUGAAACGUUUGAGGACCUGUACACGGAGACCAGGCUGCAGUUUGACCAGAGGGCCCAGGACUUAGAGCAUCGGGAACGCGCCACCAGGAGGGCGGUCUCCGCAGCUGUGAAGCAAUUCAACAAGACCCAGAGGCUCCAGGAGGAACAGCGCCAGCGAGACGCGGACUGGGACCGGCAGAGGGUCGAGAAAGCCCGCGCCGAGGUGCUGUGCGAGCGGCAGCAGCGGCGGCAGCAGCGUGACCUGCGCAGAGCCCUGGACAGCAGCAACCGCAUCCUGGCCGCGGAGCAGCUCCGGCAGAGAAACGACAUGAAGGAAGUCUGUACCAACCAAGCCACGGACGACUUCUUCACGCAGUUCAACACCAGGAGUCGAUGA